AUGAUUGUCAUCCUUUACGAGGUUUUUUUGGUUUAUGGUAAGUGUACCGUCGCAUGUCAGGUAGUACUGUAUCGUGUCGACGAUACGAGACUUGAAUCGACCGUUUCGUUGUCCUUUUUAUACAAUUGGAAUGUGCCGCGAUCUCUCACUGAUCACCACGGGGUCGCUGUGGAGACCACUUCUGGUCCUACGUUUCGUUCUGCCUAUCUCAACGGAUGCGAUGUCGAGCUUGGCUGUGAUUGGCUCGCAUUUGUUCAUGCAAAAUUCGAUGGCUCCCGAUUCCGACGACCUUCCUCUGAAGAUAACAAAAUUUCUUCGUUUGUUGUUACGGACGAAGAAGUUUCAGUUGCCCAAGCGGGUUCAUCUAAUGCUGUCUUCCAUUUGCUGCCAAAUACUAUUAUCUGUAUUGACGAUACGAGACUCGAAUCGACCGAUUACGAUGACCUUCCGACAUGGAUGUCGCGCACCUUUCUGCUGGUCACAGUUGGAUCGUCCAGCCUGAAGACGAAGAAGUUGUUUCAAUUGCCCAGAGGGGGUUCACGUGUAGCUACCCAAGUGAGUUCAUCUAAUGCUGCCCAAGCGAGGAUAUCUCCCUUGCAGGAGACAACAUUUAUUGCGCACAUCCUUCAGGCAGCAACCCCGCGGUAUUGGAAACGGUACCCGCAGAUUCUCGAACAACUCGAGCUCUACCAGGGUGCGCAAGGCUACCAGCAACCUGCGAAGCAAAGUAAAAUCGCAUCGCAGAGGCAGUACCGAGUCAAACAGGGUGACGGGUUCCAGGAACUCCGCGAAGUUAUUGGUUCAGUGACAGGAGAAGCUCCCCGGACCAGGCGCGAAACCUUGAAGAAAGCUGCAGAACUGCUGCGGCAGUUGUCUAGAGAAAAUGGGGCAAAUUCCAGGCAUGAGUCACUCCCACUCUUGGAGCCCUCGUCAGCAGCGCCCAAUGAAGUUGACCAAGGAUCUCACAUGUUUUAUGAACCUCUUGUCAUCCCCAACGAGACUUGGACAAACACUAUUGCACCGUGGAUAAUGAACAGUAGCCAAAUGCCAGACACAUUGGCAACGAGCUCGAUGCCAGAGUAUCAUGGCUAUCCUCAGGAAGAGAUCCACCAUACAGGUCAUGGGGGGGAUUGGAAUUUGGCUCCACAACCACCUUCAUAAUUUCGACGGUCCUCAUUCUCUGCGCAGUAGAACGACCUGUCGCUCAUCCACUCGAACGUAGAAAAGGUGGGAGAGAAUUAGACUGCAUCUCGGAAUUCGAGGAAUCCCUGAUACUUAGUUGUAGUAUAUACCUAACUUGAUCAUGAUCUUGCGGAUUCACGUACCUUGUACUUGUAGCUUCUACGGGUAUUGUUUUUGCAUAUUUGCUGGACCUAUAAAGUGUAUGGUGACUUGUGAUCAUACCCAACGAGAUGGCGAGUGAGAGAAGCACGAUCGUUCGACAUCCUGGUUGUUCUAUGGCAAAAUAUGCAAGUCAGCGAGGUCACCAGGCUGGGGUGGUACUGGGGGUAUGUACUCGCAAUCAGUCGCAAUAUCUAAUUCGUUAGAAGU